UCUCCCACCCUCUUCUCCCAUGGCUAACCCUCGUGUCUUCUUUGACAUCUCCGUCGGCGGAUCCCCCGCUGGUCGCAUCGUCAUGGAACUCUACGCCGACACUACCCCCCGCACCGCUGAGAACUUUCGUGCCCUUUGCACCGGCGAGAAGGGCACCGGUCGCAGCGGCAAGUCCCUCCAUUACAAGGGCUCCAUUUUCCACCGCGUCAUCCCCGGCUUCAUGUGUCAGGGAGGCGAUUUCACCGCUUGCAACGGCACCGGUGGCGAGUCCAUCUAUGGAUCCAAGUUCGAAGAUGAGAAUUUCAUCAAGAAGCACACCGGUCCCGGAGUUCUAUCCAUGGCCAAUGCCGGCCCCGGCACCAAUGGAUCGCAGUUCUUCAUUUGUACGGCCAAGACGGAUUGGCUCGAUGGCAAGCAUGUGGUGUUUGGGCAGGUCGUGGAGGGCAUGGAGGUGGUCAAGGCGAUCGAGACCGUUGGAUCUUCCUCCGGCAAAACCUCCAAGCCCGUCGUCAUUGCCGACUGCGGUCAGAUCUCUUAAGCCUCACACUGCCAUCCCUCCGUCUUCUCCAUUCAAGAUCAAAUAAAUCUCUCCAUUCUAGAUUAGGGUUUAGGAUUGUGAGGCAAAGGUAAG